UUCAGUUGCUAAGAAAAGAGAGGAAAAUAACUUUAGCUAGAAUCAAUGGCUUCUUUAACCUCUUCCCUCACUUUCGUUCCCUCUGUGAAACUUGCAAACCCUAAGCUAUGCUCCUGUGCUCAUCAUUCACCUACCAAUUAUUCUAAGUCAUUGAAGCUUCAAAACCCACUUGAUAUAAAACUCCACACUUCCUACUCACAAUUGAACAACUUCUCCGUGCCAAAAACGUUCUCGUUCACUUGCAAAACCCAAGCAAGCCCAUCAGCCGACACUGAUCAAAGACCUGCCUCCGAAGUUCCACAAGUGCUUCAUGUGUACGAGCUCAAUGAGCUAGACCGUGGCAGCCCGGCCUACCUAAGUUUGAGCGGGAAAGAAGUCCACAGCCUUGGCGAUGUUGUCCUUUUCAUGAACAAAUUGUACACCGGGGACUUGCAAAAACGCAUUGGAAUCACAACGGGGAUAACCCUAUUGAUCCAACACUAUCCGGAGAAGAUCAAUAGUGGAGAUCGAUACGAGGGUAUCUACAGCUUCAACUUUGGAGACUAUGGUCACAUUUCUGUGCAGGGAGCUUAUUUAACUUAUGAGGAUUCGUAUUUGGCCGUGACAGGAGGGUCUGGAAUUUUCAAAGGUGUGUAUGGUCAAGUGAAGUUGCAGCAGCUUGUGUACCCUUUUAAAAUUUUCUACACAUUCUAUCUCAAGGGUAUAAAGAAUUUACCUGAAGAGCUUCUUGGGAAGCAUGUGGAGCCUAACCCUGAGGUGGAGGGCAGUCCAGCUGCCAAGGCUCUUGAGCCUCAUGCCACCAUUGCUGGUUUUACUAAUUGAAUGAUUAUGUUUACUAUUUUAUUUUUGUUUUGUUUUGUUUUGGAGAUGAUGUUUUGGCUAGGUUGUUACUAGCUAUGCUGAAAUGGAAUGUUUUUCUUGAA